ACAAGACACUACGCAUAACAAUGAAAUAGGUCAUGAGAUGCACGUGCAGAGCCAGUCGGCGCAUCGUUUGAAAAACACAGUGUGCCCACGUAUGGUGUGCCAAACAGUGACAACACUUUUUGAGGAUUUCUGUUCACGAAACUGAACAAAUGAAAAUGUUACAUUAUCAUCUCUGAAACAUUUUGCGGAGUGUAAGUUGUCCAUCAAGUUCAUAUAUCUUCCACUCCCAAGUCGAACUAUCAGGAGCAGAUACCGACAGAUGAAGUGAUGCCAACUCAAAUUAAAACGUUUGUUUUCCUUGAUUUGGAAACCUCGAGUCUUGUUCCCAUGGAGCAUCCAGAGAUUAUGGAAAUCUGCUUGAUUGCCGUCCAUCGGGAGGCCCUGCUGUCAAGCGAAUAUGAUGCUGCAGUCGGCAGAUCCACUGAAGCUGUAGUAUCUGGAAUGGGCCUACCGAGAGUUGCCGACAAACUUAGCCUGUGCGUGUAUCCAAACAAACAGGUCUCCGAGAAGUCCUUUGAGCUGACGAAGCUGGAUAACCACAGUCUCUCACAAAGUAGUAAGAAGAUCUUUGAUGUCGACGCAGCGAUGAUGCUGAAGCUGUUCAUUUCGAGGCAGGAGGGGCCGGUUUGCCUCGUGGCACACAACGGGGACAACUUUGAUUUCCGGCUGCUGCGGACCGAACUUCGUAAACUUCAGCAACGCAUGGGCGAGGACGUUCUUUGCGCGGACUCGCUGAAAGCGUAUGCGGAAACCGAUGAUGAUCGGGCUGUCUCGUAUGCCUUGGGGGAAAUUUACCGCAGGGCCUUUGGGGGUAACAUACCCGAUGCGCAUUAUGCUGAGGCUGAUGUGAAAGCACUGAUUCGGAUCAUGUUGACGCGAGCGGAAAUCAUGUGCAAAUGGAUGGAUACAAAUGCAGUUCUGUUCAAUGACACAGAAAUGUACUAUAUCCCAAGUCCGAGCAAGAAAGACAGAUGUAGGCCAAAUAAGUCUUGUACAGUCGACUCUCGUUAGUACAAACUCUGUUAAUACAAAAUUCUGGUUAUAACAAACAUAAAGCCUAUGUUCCUCUUAAUACAGAAUUCUGAUACAACAAACAAUUUGGCUAGGUCCGAACGAGUUUGUUAUAUAACGAGACUCGACUGUACUCAGUCCCCAUGAAAUACACAGUUUAGCUUAUGGGCCUGGACAAUGCUAAAAUUGGUUAUCAGUGCGAUUUUUCUUUGUAUUGUGAGUAUUGUUGUAGGUAGAACAAGAGUAUUUUCAAAACGUGGAGUCAUUUUAUAUCAUGCUAAAAUUGGUUAUCAGUGCGAGUUUUUCUUUGUAUUGUGAGAAUUGUUGUAGAUAGAACAGGUGUAUUUUGUAUCGUCGAAUCGACAGAUGUCAUGGGAGUUAUGUGUCAGUUGAAAUAAUUCAAUUUAGCAUUGUUUAAUGAAUUUGUUAUUUAGGCUAUAUUGAUACAGUCAUGUGUAUUUUAAUUAAUAAUUAAUUUGUGGCUUGAAGUAUUUCGUGUAACCUUUUUUUGAAGUAACAACUGGAGAAAGAGAUAGAGAAACCAAAUCGAGUCCAGAUUUGAAUAGUACAUGUGCAUGCAUACCUUACUACUUUGGAUCUUAAGUUUAUCAAAUUGUAUGAAUUUGUCUAUGCUGAACCGUAAAUAUUGUAAUGUAGGUGAAUUUUAGUCUCUUUCCAAAAAGUUUUUCUCAUGUGUAAAACUGACAAAGUUUGUAAUAAACUGUAAUGAUUAGUACGUGCUAUACUGUGGUGCAAUGGUAA